GACAGGAUGGCCGCGCUUUCACGUGACUCUUGUUGUUGAUUGUAAUCGUUUUUUUUGUUCCUCGGCCACUGUGCCGUUUGUCUUUUGUUAUCAUGGGUCAUUUAAGAGCAGUUAAAUGAUCAGGAAGAUGGUCGUCUUAUCGAGUGAAAAUGAUGAGCCUAGGUCCAGGUGCAGCCCGACCGUGAAAGAUCUUACGGAGCUGUCUGUUCUCACUGAGGAAUCUGCCCUGAAGCACCUGAGUGAGCGAUAUGAGGAGGAGUGUGUGUACACAUGGGCUGGGCCAACUCUAGUGUCCUUGAACCCUUGCAAGCAAGUUCCUCGUCUAUACAAGAAGGAAUUCAUGGAAGUAAUUUGUACAUCAGAUCCACAUGUUUGGUCUAUGGCCAAACUUGCUUUCACCCAUGUGGGGAUGGAAACAAAAGACCAGGCUAUUGUCAUCAGUGGGGAGAGUGGUGCUGGCAAGAUGAUGGCUGGUUUGGCAAUGGAAGAGCUAGAAAGAUUUGGGCUUGAACCACAGCAGGUGCACCGCAUUCUCCCUUGUACCAUUCGACCAUCAGAUGCAACUGCUUUCCACAACACCUGUUCUGCCCUUCACAAAAUGGGCAUGACACCUGAGACACUCUGCUGCUUGUUGAAAAUCCUGGCUGGGAUUCUUCAUCUUGGAGACAUACACUUCAAGAAGGACGGAGUAUCAGUCAGCAUUGAUAAGGGUGGCAUUCUGGAUAUAUAUGGCUUUGAAUGGCUGGAGAGGAACAGCUUGGAGCAACUAUGCAUCAAUUAUGCUAAUGAGAGGCUUCAGCAUCUAUUUGCCACUGGAUUCCUAGAAGAAACUAGGAAGAUUCUGUCACAAGAAGGGAUAGGACAGUUGACGGAUGAGUCCUUCACAACAGAAAAGUCUUUGUCUUGUUUGGACAUCCUGCAUGGACCCAAAUCUGUGAUGGGGAUACUUAAUGAGGAAUGUCAGUUGAAACGUGAUCUUCAUGCAAGUGAGGAACGGUUGCCUGAGCGACUCAAAAUAUCGCUCUGCCCCCAUGCCUGUGUCCACGUAUCCUGUGUCACCAAGAAGAAAGGGACAUUCAUAAUCAAGCACUAUGCUGGGAAUGUAGAGUACUCUCUUGAGGGGAUGCUGGAGAAAAAUAAGGAUGAGGUGCCUGAUGAGCUCCUCUCACUGCUGAUGGAAUCACAAAAUCCACUUCUCCAAGAAAUGGCCAAAAUGCAUGGAAACAGAUUGUCAAGUGAUACUAGUCCUAGACGAACACAGCGAAAAAUCACCAUCCUAGCCAAGUUCAAGAUGUCCCUUGACAAUCUCCUGGGAAUUUUGUCUUCUUCCCACGUCCAUUACAUUCGUUGCAUCCGACCCAACAACGAAGGACUUCCUAAUCAUUUCUCAAAUGAGGAUGUUCAUCGUCAGCUGGCUGCUUGUGGCAUUUAUGAGACUAUCCAAAUCUCCCAGGCUGGUUUUCGAGUCAGAGUUGGUUAUGGAGAAUUCCUGGAUCGCUUUGGAGUGCUGGCCAGAGGAAGUUUCCGAUCAAAUUUUAGAGAAGUUCAUGUGGGAAACACUAUGAGCCCUGCAGAAGUGGUUCAGAAAAUCUUGAAAAGAUCCCUUGGAACUGAACGUGUGAAUCAAGAAUGUAGGUUUGGUCACACCCGCCUCUUUGGCACUGAGAAUGUUUUUGAGGAUUUAGAGACAACCCUAAGGACUCAUCAAGACGUGGCAGAGGUGAGGAAGAUUCAUGUGAAGCGGAGUUGCUUGCCCCAUGCAUACAACUAUCCCAGGGUGGAAAAGAGAUCUCAAGGACUCCUUGAUCUCCUUCGUCCAUCCUCAUGUCAGCCUCCUGUAUUCUGAUCAUAGAAAUGGAUAGCUUUGUGAUUGUGAUAUCUGUUCUUUCAUGAAGAAUCCAAAUCAGAUGACAGGCAGUGAGAAAUUUUUUAUAGGAUGUGACAUCAAAACCUACAGGGAUAAUCAAAUAGGGAAGGCAAAUGCCUCAUUGCUACAAAUUUUUUGUUGCUCACCACCAUUGCCCAUGCAAAUGGAGAAUGGAUAAUACAAAUGAAGAUGCAAGUUUGCCAGCUUAUUGCUCACAUUGGUGCUAAUGUGGUUUUGGCUUGUUCAGCUUCAAU